AUGAAAGUGAUAAUUCUAAUUUCCUUCCUGGUGAUGCUUUUUUUCAAUAAUGGUGUGGAUGGAUAUAAUUGCACAAAAGAAUUGUACAACAUGAAUUUAAGGGAUCUUUCAAUUACGUCAGUUGUUUUGGAUCAUAGAACUUCACGUAAAGAAUUAGGAGCAUGGGUUCAUUUUUUCUUCAGUCAUUUCCCUACCCCUGCUGAUGCAAUAAAAUAUGUAGAAGAUAUAAAUAUAUACGCUCUAGAUAAUGAAGAUCAGUCAUGCUUUGUGCGAGCUUUCACUAUAUAUUUAAUUCAAAACUAUGCUAAGGAUAUAAAAUCUAUGUCAAAUACAGAUAAUUAUGAAACCUUUUUCAAAAAUUUAUUAAAAGAUGUGCACGCAGAUAUAAGUAAUGAUUUUCUUUCCAUAUUCUCAAGUCCAACGCUUUUGGGGUAUAUUGAUAACUUAGUACUUAAGGAACAGGAUGUUAAUAAUUUGAAGAAUGAUGUAAAUAUUUUUAGAAAAACUAUUUCGAAAGCUGAUAGGAAAACACAUGCUACUUACACCAGUAAUCCUAUUUUAUCUUUCUCUCAAUAUGAUAUCAGGAGAUUCAGAAGUGCUUAUUUAGUAAAGGAAGACCCUUCUAUUAAUAUGUCGGAAGUAUAUGCAGCACGAGAUAUAAACUUUUUGGCUUUUCUUGGUGUUUCCGAUAUGUACUACAAUUCUGAUAUAACACAGCCUGCAAGAGGUACUUCCAUAGUUAUUAACAAAAGAAAAAGGUUAGGAUUAAAGAAACGUAGUACUUCACUUGUUUUAUUGGGACCACACAAUCAUAACCCGACCUUUGGUUUUUGUGAAAAAGAUGGAAAUGAAGAUUACUUUGGAUAUGUAGAUGAUUUGUUGCCAUCCUUUUUUUCAGUUAUUAAAACGAAAAUGAUUUAUGGACAUAAAAGAUUUCUAAGAGAAUUUGAUUAUUCAUUAAUACAUAAAACUUAUAAAAUGCCAAACCUAAAAGGUUUCCGAUUUUUGAAAAGUUUAUUCAGGAGAAAGAACUUAGAAAACUUUGUAGACAUGUAUAGCGGUCUCAUGUCCACAGAAUUGGAUUUUUUGGCAGAAGAUUUUGCGGAACUGUUUGAUAUUACUAUGAACUGUAACAUGCGUGAUCAUUUCGAUCGUGCAAUAGUUAACUACCACAUGAUUAAGGAGAAAGGUAUGGAGUCUUAA